UUGCUGCCAUCUGUCCAAAGCCUUCCAGCACCGCUGGUCAGCCCAGCUUCCUUGCCAAAGUGGGCACACCCACAGCCAGGGUGUAGGGCUCCUUCCUUGCUCAUUAAAAACCAAUGAGUCUGAAGCCAGAAUCCCAGAGGACGUAGAUCUGACUAGAGCUGAGUCUCUGAACCCAGGAAGAAGAACACUUCAGGAGACAGGAAUCUAAGCUGGUGCCUUUAUCUACAAACCCAGAUGUCCUUUGAUAUUCAGAAAACCUGAUGAGACUGAGGAUUGUGAUGUGCAGGAUCUUUAGAGAUGCUUCUUUGGAUGGAGAAGCAGGUUACAGAGGCUGACUUUCUGUCAGUUACGUAAGAGUAUCCAAUGUGAAGUUGAGAAAUGUGACUACCAGCUGUGGAGAGGGCCAGAACAAGGAUAGACAUACACUGCCCACUCCUUCCUUUCCUCUGAACUCAGAGGCUUAUUGCUCUGGAGGGCCCUGGGGGGAUGCUAUGGAAUCUCCUAACCCUCUCAGAUGCAAUGAUGAAUGACAUCCAAAGCCAUUACACCUGGAGAACUAGGACCAUCCUUGCCAACACUGAGAUGGGAGCUUCCAUUCCAUUCCAGCUGCUGCUGCCCUAUUCUUUUCCUCUGGUAUACCUCGUCCUUCACACAGAAAACCCUGAAGUCAAAUGAGUCACAUGGAUCCUCAUAAGUGGUGAACCAUGACUCACCUUGGAACUAGCUGUAUUCCACCUCACCAAAGAGUAUGGGACAAGGGCCCCAUUUCUUCUUCUCCAAAUGUUCUUAGCACGGUAAUUCUACCCAAAGAAUUUUUAAGCUGAAAGUCUGAAAGUUCAGCUCCUGCCACACAGCGCACCAAAGCUGCCCAGCGGUUUGAGGACACUGUGUGGGGCCCUAACAGGUUCCAAGCGAAGUGCCAACCUUAUACAGUUCGAAUUCAUUGUGUGUGAAGAUAUGGACUAUUUUGAAGAAAACAAGAGACAUUAUGCUCGAGAGCUUCCCAUCUAUUUCAACAUUCGUGAUUCCCAACAGAUGGUAUGGGUCCUGAGUGGAAAUGUAUUAAUAGCAGCUCCAUCUAGCAAUGAUAUCAAACCUGUCACUCUUGCCCUUGUACCAUGUAGACAGACAGAGCUCAGUAAUAAAGCAGAAGGAAAUCUGGUUUACCUGGGGAUCAAGGACAAAAACCUCAGUCUCUUCGUAGAAACUGAGGAAAAGCCUACUCUGCAGCUUAAGGAGAUUAAGAUCAUGGACCUGUACUGGGAGGAUACAUUACAAAAGCCUUUUCUCUUUUUCCACUGUAAGGAAGGCUCUACUUCUGCCUUUCAGUCUGUUGCCUAUCCUGGUUGGUUCAUAGCCACCUCCUCUGUGCCAUAUCAACCUGUCUUUCUCACUCAAGAAAGGGGUUUAACUAAUGACACCAAUUUCUAUUUAGAUUCUACGAGUUAAAUCCAAUCUGGGCUGUGGGUGGCUAAUUCCAAGAUAGAGGAUCAAUCUUUUAUUUGAAAACACAGUAACUUAAAAUAAGUUACUCUAGGCACUGGUAAGAUCAUCAGUAUUUCAGCCCUCCCAUAGCCUACCUCAGUCUGAUUGUCCCAACACUACCUCCUCCUCCAGGUAUUCAUUUCUGCACCAUGUCCCUCACUUGAACAUCACAUCAGUGGGAAGCCUAAGAGCCACUCUCAUUCUUUUCUGACCUUGUCCUCUCAUCUGUUCAGCUACCAAGUCCACUUCAAUCAAUACACAUGUUUUACAUACAUGCUACCUUCCAAUUUCUAUACCAACCCAGAGGUGGGGAUCCCAAAUCUUCUUGUUCAAACAAUUGCAUCAAUAAAAUAGCAUAAUUUAUUAA